CCGGAGACCCUGGGUGCAGACCCGGCUAGGUGAAAAGGAGUCAUGCAGAGCGUUAUUAACACGGUGAAGGGCAAAGCGCUGGAGGUGGCCGAGUAUCUGACACCUGUACUGAAGGAAUCAAAAUUUAAGGAGACUGGUGUCAUCACUCCAGAAGAGUUUUUGGCAGCUGGAGAUCAUUUAGUCCACCACUGUCCUACUUGGCAAUGGUCAGCUGGUGAAGAAUCGAAAAUAAAGCCUUACUUACCAAAUGAUAAACAAUUUUUAAUGACAAAAAAUGUGCCAUGCUACAAAAGAUGCAAACAGAUGGAGUAUUCAGAUGAACAAGAAGCCAUUAUAGAAGAAGAUGAUGGAGAUGGAGGCUGGGUAGACACAUUUCAUCAUAGUUUGACUGGUGUCACAGAGGCUGUGAAAGAAAUAACACUUGAGACCCAGGAUUGCGGUAAAACAACAAGUAAUAUUGCCGUUGAUGAUGACGAUGAUGAUGAUGAAGGCGAAGCUGCUGAUAUGGAAGAUUAUGAGGAAAGUGGAUUGUUGGACAAUGAUGAUGCAACAGUGGACACUAGCAAAAUAAAAGAAGCCUGCAAACCAAAAGCAGACCUUGGAGGUGAAGAUGCCAUAUUACAGACUAGAACCUAUGACCUUUAUAUCACAUAUGACAAGUAUUAUCAAACACCAAGGCUUUGGUUAUUUGGCUAUGAUGAGCAACGGCGACCAUUAACUGUAGAAAACAUGUAUGAAGAUAUUAGUCAAGACCAUGUGAAGAAAACUGUGACGAUUGAGAACCAUCCCCAUCUUCCCCCACCUCCUAUGUGUUCAGUUCACCCAUGCAGGCAUGCGGAGGUCAUGAAAAAGAUUAUUGAGACUGUUGCAGAAGGCGGAGGAGAAUUGGGAGUACACAUGUACCUUCUUAUUUUUCUAAAAUUUGUACAGGCUGUCAUACCAACCAUAGAAUAUGAUUACACAAGGCAUUUUACUAUGUAACUCACACAUGUCAUACAUGAAAAUCACAUUAAAACCCAUUUUUUAAGACUGUUGCAAAGUGUUUUUGGUUUUCCCAUGCCUAUAAAUGUGCAACAUUUCUGUAAUGUAUAAUAAUUCUUUGAUUAAAUUUCUGCAUUUAAUGGAA